UUAACAAUUUAAAACAUAAAAAAUUUGCCACCCCCUAAAAAUUACCGCCCUAGGCUCGAGCCUCACGAGCCUAGUGAAUAAUCCGUUACUGAAGGUGAUGCUAUCACGAUGAUCGUUUUGUUUUGAUCGGCAGGGCUUUGAACUACCCGCCGAGCCAAGAGAUCUUCAGGAAACUGUACAUCACCACGCACACGAGACUGACGCCGUAUUUCGUGGGAAUGUACGCGGCCCACGUUUACCGAGGCAUACGAGCCAGCGAGCCGAACUACAAGUUUUCACAUCCGACGCUGCGUUUGUGGGCGAUUUUCUGGAGCUACAUAGCGUGGAUGACGUCCGUCGUCUACUUCUACGAGUACGAUUACAACCUCUGGGUCAGCGUGGUUUACGCGUUCGCGUUCCGUCUGGUGUUUGCCGUGCUCGUUUCGGCAUUCAUCAUCGUUUCCACCGUGAACUCUUGUUUCCAAGGAACUUGGAAACUUAUAUUUGCACCGAUUAGCAGGCUCGCAUAUUCGGCGUACAUAGGAGGACUCACCAUGCAAUUAUAUUAUACAGCAUCAACACGCACACCAUUGUAUUUCAAUCUAAUACGACUCACAUGGAUUACAAUAGGUGAUAUAACGAAUGGAUUUUUUAUUGCAUUUUUCUUGUACAUGUUGAUCGAGAGUCCGUUUGAAAAUCUGCUUAAACUAUUGAUUGGUAAAAUGAAAGAAGAAAUACACAAAGCUGAAGAACGAACACCCAACGAUGUAGAAAUGACACCAAGGAAUAUAGAAGAAUAAUGAUAGUAAAUAGAAAUACAAGUAUAUUUACAAGAUGUAAAAAAAUCGAAUAAGCCAGCAAAAUGAUUAUGGGAGUAAAUAUAUGUAUGCAUACGUAUUAUCAGUAACAGUUGGACGAUAAAUAUGAAAUUGUCCUAUUUAUUAAUAUUUUUACUACCUUUGACAAUCAUUACUAGGCAACACAUGAGACAGCCCAGAUGUAUUAUAAUUCAAAUUAGAAACCAGUGUAUGAAAAUGAUGCAUGGCCAGAUAAAAUAAUAUUAUCGACUACCACCCAUUUGUACAAGCUAUCAUAUUUUUUACUUAGUAAACAUAAUGAGCUGAAAAGUUGAAUUCUUUAUGUAAUUCAAAGUUUCCUCGAAGUAUAUGCACCCGGCAGUGUUAAUCAGGAAUAUAUAAUUACAUGUAUAGAAUUAUAUGCGAAAGAUAGAGAACAUCCAUUUUUUUUUGUCUUGAAAAAUCGAUUAUAUUAUUAU